AUGGUAACCCCAGCCCUUAUCCUUGAUGUCGAUAUCACAUGUCCAACAGUGGUAAGCGGAGCGUCCUGGGCUUGGUUAAAAAGUUGGUGUUGUUGUAAAUGUUGCAAUUCAUCUUGUGGAAAUUCAAAUAACACAUCAACAGGGGAUAAGUCAAAAAAAAGUACAGAUAGCUCAAACAAAAGCAAAAAAGAUGAAAGUGCCUCAAAUCUAAAAGUCGAAGAUUGGCAACUGUCGUCUGGUAAAGGUAUAAAUAAAAAGUAA